CCCUUCUGGCACACUCCCUGGGGCAGGCGCUCACGCACGCGUAUACAAACACUCACACUCCUUCCUUUUCCCUCCCUCGCGCCCUCUCCCAUCCUUCUCCCCAGCGCGCUCCCUCGCGCGCCCUUUCUCUAUCUCACACACACACACACACACACACACACUCGCUCACCCUCAGAUCCUCUCGGCUUCGGCGCUCCUAUUCUCGCCCACCUGCUCCAUGGCGCUCUUUCCGCGCCCGUCUGUCUAACGCCCAGCCCCAGGCACACUCGCCUGCCGUGCGCCCACCGUACUCCAGACCCUGACCUUCGCAGCCAGAGGGGGAAGCGUAUCCCGGGGUGAGCGCCCCCGCCGCGCUCUUUCUCCCUUCCACUGAGGCGCGUCCGAUGCCCGGGACCGGCCGCUGAGCGGGUGGGGACCGAGGAGGCCAUGGUGGGAGCGCUCGCCCGCCGCGGUGCCCACUGAGCCAUGCCCGGCCCCGAACGCCCGGUGGUCGCCCGCCCCCGUCUGCUCCUGCUCCUGCUCCUGCCGCCUCUGCUGCUGCUGCUGCGGUGCAGCCACGCGGGCAACCUGACGGUGGCCGUGGUACUGCCUCUGGUCAACACCUCGUACCCGUGGUCGUGGGCACGCGUGGGGCCAGCGGUGGAGUUGGCCCUGGCCCGGGUGAAGGCGCGACCGGACCUGCUGCCGGGCUGGACGGUCCGCACGGUGCUGGGCAGCAGCGAGAACGCGCGGGGCGUGUGCUCCGACACGGCCGCGCCGCUGGCCGCCGUGGACCUCAAGUGGGAGCACAACCCGGCGGUGUUCCUGGGCCCCGGCUGCGUGUACUCGGCCGCCCCGGUGGGGCGCUUCACGGCGCACUGGCGGGUGCCGCUGCUGACUGCGGGCGCGGCGGCGCAGGGCUUCGGAGCCAAGGACGAGUUCGCGCUGACCACCCGCGCGGGGCCCAGCCACACCAAGCUGGGCGACUUCGUGGCGGCGCUGCACCGACGGCUGGGCUGGGAGCGCCAGGCGCUAGUGCUCUACGGCUACCGGCCCAGCGACGAACGGCCCUGCUUCUUCAUAGUGGAGGGGCUCUACUUGCGGGUCUCUGAACACCUCAACAUCACGGUGGACCAUCUGGAGUUCGUCGAGGGCGACCGCGACAGCUAUGCCCCGCUGCUGCGGACCGUGAAGCGCAAGAGCCGAAUUAUCUACAUCUGCAGCUCCCCAGAUGCCUUCAGAACCCUGAUGCUCCGGGCCCUAGAGGCUGGCAUGAGUGGGGAGGAGUAUGUUUUCUUCCACCUGGACCUCUUUGGGCAAAGCCUGCAAGGGGCACACGGCCCUGCGCCCCGCAGGCCCUGGGAGAGAGGGGAUGAGCAGGAUGUCAGUGCCCACCAGGCCUUUCGGGCUGCCAAAAUCAUUACAUACAAAGAGCCGGAUAAUCCUGAGUACUUGGAAUUCCUGAAGCAGCUUAAAAACUUGUCUCAUGAGCGGUUCAACUUCACCAUGGAAGAUGGCCUGAUGAACACCAUCCCAGCAGCCUUCCAUGAUGGGCUCCUGCUCUAUGUCCAGGCAGUGACAGAGACUCUCGCACAUGGGGGGACUGUCACUGAUGGGGAAGGCAUCAUUCAGCGGAUGUGGAACCGCAGCUUCCAAGGUGUGACAGGAUACUUGAAAAUUGACAGCAAUGGUGAUCGGGAGACUGACUUCUCCCUCUGGGAUAUGGACCCUAAGACUGGCAUCUUUAGGGUUGUACUGAACUACAAUGGAACCUCCCAAGAGCUGGUAGCCGUGCCAGGGGCUGAACUGAACUGGCCCCUGGGAUACCCUCCUCCUGACAUCCCCAAAUGCGGCUUUGACAAUGAGGACCCUGCCUGCAACCAAGAUCACUUUUCCAUCCCAGAGGUGCUGGCUUUGGUGGGCAGCCUCUCCCUGUUCAGCAUUCUGAUUGUCUCUUUCUUCAUAUACAGGAAGAUGCAGCUGGAGAAGGAGCUGGCCUCGGAGCUGUGGCGGGUGCGCUGGGAGGACUUGCAGCCCAGCAGUCUUGAGCGACACCUCUGGAAUGCAGGCAGCCGGCUGACCCUGAGCGGGAGAGGCUCCAAUUAUGGCUCACUGCUAACCACAGAGGGCCAGUUCCAAGUCUUUACCAAGACAGCAUAUUAUAAGGGCAACCUCGUGGCUGUGAAACGUGUGAACCGUAAACGCAUUGAGCUGACACGAAAAGUCCUGUUUGAACUGAAGCAUAUGCGAGAUGUGCAGAAUGAACACUUGACCAGGUUUGUGGGUGCCUGCACCGACCCCCCCAACAUCUGCAUCGUCACAGAGUACUGUCCCCGUGGGAGCCUGCAGGACAUUCUGGAGAAUGAGAGCAUCACCCUGGACUGGAUGUUCCGGUACUCUCUCACCAACGAUAUUGUCAAGGGUAUGCUGUUCCUACACAACGGUGCCAUUUGCUCCCACGGAAAUCUCAAGUCAUCCAACUGCGUGGUAGACGGGCGCUUUGUGCUCAAGAUCACCGACUACGGGCUGGAGAGCUUCAGGGACCCAGAGCCAGAACAAGGACACAUCCUCUAUGCCAAAAAGCUAUGGACAGCCCCUGAGCUUCUGCGAAUGGCUUCACGUCCUUCCCGGGGCUCCCAGGCAGGUGACGUGUACAGCUUUGGGAUCAUCCUUCAGGAGAUUGCCCUAAGGAGUGGUGUCUUCCACGUGGAAGGCUUUGACCUCAGCCCCAAAGAGAUCAUCGAGCGUGUGACUCGGGGUGAGCAGCCCCCCUUCCGGCCCUCCCUGGCCCUGCAGAAUCACUUGGAGGAGCUGGGGCAGCUGAUGCAGCGGUGUUGGGCUGAGGACCCACAGGAGCGGCCACCCUUCCAACAGAUCCGUCUGAUGCUGCGCAAGUUUAACAGGGAGAACAGCAGCAACAUCCUGGACAACCUGCUGUCACGCAUGGAGCAGUAUGCCAACAACCUGGAGGAGCUGGUAGAGGAGAGGACCCAGGCCUACCUGGAGGAGAAGCGCAAGGCUGAGGCCCUGCUCUACCAGAUUCUGCCUCACUCAGUGGCUGAGCAGCUGAAGCGCGGGGAGACUGUCCAGGCUGAGGCCUUUGACAGCGUCACCAUCUACUUUAGUGACAUUGUUGGCUUCACAGCCCUGUCGGCGGAGAGCACGCCCAUGCAGGUGGUCACUCUGCUCAAUGACCUGUACACUUGCUUUGAUGCCGUCAUAGACAACUUUGAUGUGUACAAGGUGGAGACAAUCGGCGACGCCUACAUGGUGGUGUCGGGGCUCCCGGUGCGGAACGGGCGGCUGCACGCCCGCGAGGUGGCCCGCAUGGCCCUGGCGCUCCUGGACGCGGUGCGCUCCUUCCGCAUCCGCCACCGGCCCCAGGAGCAGCUGCGCCUGCGCAUCGGAAUCCACACAGGGCCCGUGUGCGCCGGCGUGGUGGGGCUGAAGAUGCCCCGUUACUGUCUCUUUGGGGACACAGUCAACACGGCCUCCCGAAUGGAGUCUAACGGGGAAGCCCUGAAGAUCCACUUGUCCUCUGAGACCAAGGCUGUCCUGGAGGAGUUCGGUGGUUUCGAGCUGGAGCUUCGAGGGGAUGUAGAAAUGAAGGGCAAAGGCAGGGUUCGGACAUACUGGCUCCUGGGGGAGCGGGGGAGUAGCACCCGUGGCUGAACUGCCUCCCAUCCUGGCCCUCUUCACCCCUCUUCCCUGUGCCAGAGACCUCAGCCUCGCCCACAGCAGCACUACCAUUGUCAAAGUACCCAGGAAAUGGUUUGAACAGCUCAGAUUAUCUCUGAAAGAGGACUGCUGUGGGGGAGAACUUGAGCCCACAGGACUGGACCAAAGCCCACAGUCAUGCACAGUGGCAUGCAAGACUUGGGCCAGGCUGGGGAGUAGAUUCCUGGCUCCUCCUCCCUGCCCCAGUGCUCUCCUCCCUCAACCUUGACACACUAUGACUUUUACAGGGAGGAGGAAGAACCACCUUCGAGAAGACAUGCAAAGAGACUAUAGGUGAAUCUGGGAUGGUGAGGGUAGGAGCCCACAUCCAGGGCUAGCCCAGGUGGGCCACACACACCCCCACACAUACCCUGUUCUCCAUCACCCAACAUUGGAUCUGGUGCACAGUGGAGGGGAGGGGUGGCAACCCGUGGCCGUGGGGCUGGUAAGCCUUGCUUCUACUGUGAGUGGAGAUCAUUAAACUUUAUUCCAGUGUUA